UCUUUUUCUAGGAUUGGAUCAGAACUUGGAGAUACAAAAAAGGCAAAAGAAGAUCAAACUUGCUUGAUUGCAAAUUGAAUUUGCGAUGACUGAAAAUGACAUUGACGGUGUGUUGGAACAGCUAAGAAGGAUGAAGAAGUGUGGAUCAGCUGAUCUGAAUAGCUUCAAGAUUGAUAAAAUUGAAAUGCACCUAAGAUUUUUGAAAACCUUUAUCAUGUAUCAUCUUCUUUUGCCUAAUUUCUUAGUCAAAAUCACAGAGAAGGCCAAAUCCACUGUUAAAAUGCUUCACAUAGUUCUUAGUGGAAUUCCAGAUGAAUGCAAAAGUAACCUUAACAUGGAAAGGCUAGAAUCAGAGCUUCUGGAUUCCAUUUUAAGGUACAAUUAUGAUCAGUUGAAAGAUUCCUAUCUGCCAUAAUAUAUGGAUUGCCUCGGCAAGAAUCUAAAUGACGUACUAAUAAUGUGCCUGGAAGGGAAUACGUCUUUGAAAAAUGAAGAAAUCCUUAGAUUUAUAAAGCAACUGAAAAUUGUUCAAAAGAAAAUGAAAAUUUUGAGAUAUGUAUAUGUCUCAGAGAUAAAUGGUUGUGUCGAGCAUGAGAAGCUGAAAGGUCUGGAUACCCAAAUUCAGUUCAUGGCUGACAAUGUCGGACAAAUAUGUUUUUCUUUUUGGACUUUGUGGGAAUGAAGAAGAAACAGAUUCAGCAAAAGAAACAGAUGCCAAAGAGGAUGAAGAAGAAACAGAUUCAGAAGAAACAUUUUAUGAAGAAACAUUUUACGAAGAGGAUGAAAAAGAAAAAGACUCAGAAGAAGAUGAAGAAGAAACGGAUUCAGAAGAAACAGAUUCUGAAGAGGAUGAAGAAGAAAUCAAAAGAGGAUGAGAAUGAUAUCUCGAGAAAGCCUUGUUAUCUACUUUUCCUCGUUGUGCUAGUGGAGCUGGAAAUGCAAAAGAUUAUUCUUGGUGAACUAAAGGCUUCAAAGUUUGCUCAAUCAAGAAUUUUCAAGGAUAAGAUAUUACCAAAAGGAUUUUCAUAUCAUCUACGUAAUCUGCUGGUGUAUCUUAGAAAUGAAAAGCUUAAGAAACUUCCUACUAAUGUCACUGCUCGAAACAUUGAUGUGGCAAUAGAGUUCUUGUUGGUUUUUCUCGGUGAUGUGCCAAAUCAUGUUAUUAAUGGCAAGGGGCUGAAUGAAGUCUUAGCAAACAUUGGAGUUCUUGUGGGAGACGUACUAUGUGUAAUUCAAAUGCUUCUUGCAGAAUCUACAAUCAAAGAAGACUCUAGCAAGAUUGAUCUUGACACGAUGCAAAUAUUGGUGAAAAUUGAAGAUCUAAGGGCACAAGUGGAGGAGAGGUACAAAUCCUUAAAAUACAGUCCAUCUAAUUAUGAGUUCCCCACUGUUGAUGGAUUGAACUUUUUUGAUUCUCUUCUAAGGAAAUUGAAUGAGAUGUUGAAAUCUGAAUCAAGUUUAGAUUUCCUGAUGAAACCCCAUAUUGGUAUUUUAGAGUAAGAGCUUUCAUCUCUAACAUCUGUUUUCAGAGAUGUCGCAAAGGUGCAACAUAAACAUGAUGAAAUUCCUAAAGAUCUUCAGAGGUGUGCUCUCAAUUUGGCAUAUGAAGCUGAAGUAUCCAUCGACUCUAUUCUUGUUAAAUAUAAUGCUCUUUGGCAUUCUUUUUGUUCACUUCCUGCAAUCAUAGAAGAGAUCAAUCAUAUUAAUGUGGAGGUGACAAAGAUGGGGUCGGUGAACCUUGCUUUGAGGCCAUUCUUUGUAGUUGAGCCAUCUAAACAUCUGCUACCUCAACAUAGCAAUGUUAUGAAUGAUGACGACGAUAUUGUUGGUUUUGAGGAUGACACAAAAAUAAUAAUUCAGCAUCUGAUAUGAGGGACAAGUGAGCUAGAUGUCAUCCCUAUUGUUGGGAUGGGAGGGAAAGGUAAAACAACUUGUGCUAAAAAGUUGUAUAAUAAUGACAUCAUUGUUUCUCAUUUUGAUGUUAGAGCAUGGGGCAUCAUUUCUCAAACAUAUAACCGGAUAGAGCUAUUACAAGAUAUUUUCAGUCAAGUAACUGGUUCCAAGGGAGAGAAGGAUGACGUCCUUGCUGAAAUGUUGAAGAAAAAAUUAACGGUAAAGAGAUAUCUCAUUGUAUUGGAUGAUAUGUGGGAUGGUAAGGCAUGGGAUGACUUAAGGCUUUGUUUUCCAGAUGUUGGAAAUAGAAGCAGAAUAGUCCUAACAACUCGACUUGAGGAAGUGGCUAAGCAAGCGAAGCACCAUACUGAUCCUUAUUAUCUUCCAUUCCUAAAACCCGAUGAGAGUCUAAAGUUGUUGCAGAAAAAGGUGUUUCAACAGGAAGGUUGCCCGCCUGAACUACAAGAUGUGGUCAAGCGGUUGCAGAAAGAUGCAAAGGACUGCCUCUGGUGAUUAUCUUGGUAGCUGGAAUUAUCAAAAGGAAGAAAAUGGAAGUCUCUUGGUGGGAUGAGGUUAAAAAUUCUCUGCUUUCCUAUCCUGGUGAGUCCGAAGGAUAUUGUCUUUCAACUAUGCAGUUAAGUUACAACAAAUUACUCGAUUAUUUAAAGCCUUGCCUUCUUUAUAUGGAGAUGUUUCCGGAGGAAUUCCAGUGUCUAAAUUGAUAACUCAAGUACCUCGCAGUUCUCGCACGUAAAUUCCAUUUUCAUCCGGAAUCACAUCUGCUGCAUCUUGAAACUUUAAUUGUGAAGGGCAUGAGCAUAACUAAGAGUAAGGUGUUACCAGCGAGUUUUUGGAAAAUGGGAAAAUUAAGGCAUGUUGACGUUUCUCGGGCUGAAUUUGAUAAGCAAGGUAUCUUAGAACAAUCCCUUAAAUUGGUAAAUUUGAGGAAAUUAAGGAGAGUUCCUACUUAGGUAUCUCAAGGUGGGAUGCCUCGGAGGAAUCCUUUUCCCAACUCGAAACACUUGUUAUAAAGAGGUGUGAUGACCUCGAGGAGAUCCCUCUUAGCUUUGCAGAUAUUUCAACACUGAAACAGAUUAAGUUGAUUAAGUGUGAGAACGAAUCUCUCAAGGCUUCAGCUGCCAAAAUUAAGGAAGAUGUUGAAGAGAAUGAAGGAAACGACCGUAUUGACCUCAUUAUCAAAGAUUGGUGAAUCAAGUAUGUGCCUGUCGAUCUGAUGGAAAUUUCAUACCAGCAUUCGGAAUGAAGAUGUGAAAUCCUACUAAAGUAGUUCGUCUCAGAAUCAUAACUUGGAAUAUAGAAAACUCCAAGGUUUUGAUAAGAGUCUUAGAUUUAAGCUCAUUGACAUGAUACUUUACUAUGUACUUAAAAUUUUGAAGUUUGUUAUU